CAAGAGCCACAAAGAGAGAGACAUACACUUCAAGAGAGAAAGUAACAAAUGCCAGUAGAGAGAAGAGACCAAACGUUCUCCAUCAUUUCCUCUCGGUCUAUGACAUCAUAGUUACGACAGAUGAAUCAUUUUGGGAGUUGACGGCUUCCAUGAGCAAGAGGAUAUUACUAUGUUCACAUACUUCACCCUCUCUAAUCUAGUAAAUAUCAGUGCAUACACAUGUCUGUUUUGUCAUUAUAUCUCUAUCAUACAGGACAUCAUCAUCUAUGUAUUUAUGUUACCUUAGAAUGAAAGAUUGAAACAAGUCCUGCUGAAAUUGAAACAAGUCCUGCUGAGAUUGAGGCUGUUAAUAUGGACACCGUUGUACAUAUAGACUAGCUAGUUCCAAUACUUACUCAGUCCUCUUCAUCCUUUAUGGGACAUAAGGCAGCAAUAAUUUUCUGCCACUGGAAUAUGUCUUUGGCCACAGCUUGUGUAGUAGUUCCAAUGGGCUAUAUGUAUUGCUGCAAAAUCAUGACACAUGUAGAUCAUGUAUAGAACAUGGAUCUUUUGACUCAUGUGUUUCUUUUCCUCCCUCAAUCCCCCAAAGGUCAAAAGUGUGUGUUUUGGCAGGGUUAAGUGGUAUGCAUAGCAAAGGCACGACCACCAAUGACUAAUACAGAUGUUGGAUCAAUAAUCAGAAAUGUGUCUCUCUUCUCCUCUUUAGUCCCCCAAAGUACACAGCUACCCCACGAUGGACACCGUCCCCCUCCUGCUAAGCAAAGUCAAACCUGAACCUCCUGAGGACCUGCUCUCCCAUGAUCCCCACUUCCAGACACAGACCGAGCCUGUUGACCUGUCAAUCAACAAGCCCCGCCCCUCACCCCCGUCCUUCACCUCCACCGCUUCUCCUGUCACUUCGGCUUUCUCUCCGCCCUCCAUUUCUUCUUCAUCAUUGUCAUUCUCCUCUCUGUCUGUCAUCACCUCCGCCUCGUCCGUGCUCACACCCGGGCCCCUGGUAGCCCCUGGAGCUGCUGUCCGGGGUCAUCAUCAUCAACAGCAGUUUUUGCACAUCAUGCACCCCGUGCCGCCGCCACGCUCCAGCCCCCUGAACCUUGGAGGGGUACAGGGCAGAGGAGGAGUAGGGGGUAAGAUGGGGGGCCACCAAGUGCAUCGUAUCCCUGUGGUGGUGCAGUCGCUGCCCCUCAUGCACACCAAGGCCGUGCGCUCCCCCUCCAGCCUCCACAACAAUGCCAUCAUGCUACCUCUGCUGGACGACCACAAGAGCCACCAUUGCAAAGCACGCACUGACCACAACGGCUUGUCGCCACGGCACAUCAAGAGUGACAGUGACGAUGACGACCUGCCCAAUGUCACACUGGACAGCGUUAACGAGACCGGAUCUACUGCUCUGUCUAUAGCACGGGCCGUACAGAAUUCCAUGUCACCAUUCAGUAUUGAGAGCAUACGCCGCCCCCGGAGGUCAGAGUCGCCCGACUCCAAGAAGAGACGCAUCCACAGGUGUGACUUUGAGGGCUGCAAUAAGGUCUACACCAAGAGCUCCCAUCUAAAAGCACACCGGAGGACGCACACUGGUGAGAAGCCAUACAAAUGCACCUGGGAUGGCUGCACGUGGAAGUUUGCCCGCUCUGACGAGCUGACACGCCACUACCGUAAACACACAGGUGUCAAACCCUUCAAGUGUGCGGACUGUGACCGCAGCUUCUCGCGCUCAGACCACCUGGCCCUGCACCGACGGAGACACAUGCUAGUAUGAUACAGUUGCAGGGUGAUGAUGUCAUCAGAAGGAGCAUAUACACACACUUACACACACACAUCGCCGCCAGGGGAGCAGUGUCUCUCCCUCAAUGUGAUUCAGCUGGACUGGACACACACCGCCGUCUGUCUGCGAGGCGGUGGGAAGAGCGGAAUAAAAUGCACAGAAAGGCGUCUGUCUGUCCACAGAGAAAAAAAACAGGGUCAGUUCUGGAUCCUCAGUGACUGAGGAGGGUCGGAACUGGAAAAUGCUCUUUUAUUAUCAUUUUUGAAUUUUGAGUUUUAACGUAAACCUGUCUUUAUUCCCAGCACUGUUCUUAGAUGGUUUCACUUUGGAGUUUUUCUCGGAAGGAGUUAUGCUCUUCUUCGUUCAUUUGGACGGGAAUCGUAAUUGCAACCGUUCUUCUUGGUGUUUUGUUUUGAUUAUAUUGUUCAAAAUGGCUGCUUUUCUCGCGUCUAUAAUGUGAAAGAACUCGGAGGAUUUGAUGGCUGGAUGAAUGGAUGGAAGGGCUGUGUGCAUGUGUGUUUUUGAAGUAUAGGGCAAACCUUGGCCAAUUGAAUAAACAGACACAGAUUCUGGUUCGUCCAUGGAGAGUAUUGUUUCCCAGUUCCUUCCAUACAGCAGCUCCCUGCCUCGCUGUGCUUCAGGACAACCGGCAGCAGAGGGCGCCAUCCACUCAUUGAUUGUACCCAUAAAAACUGGUUUGAGUGUUCUAGAGUCAGCAUUCUAGAAUGAGUUCUAGUACCAGUGUUCUAGAUUCAGAAGCAUCAGAAGCAUCCCAGUGGGCCAGUGAUAUAGAAACUGUAAGGGGCGGAGUUAACUCCAACCCAAUGUCAGCAAACCAGCAACUGAGAUUAAAGAGUACAGUAUAUCCACAAACAGAGAGCAUCAGCAACCUCACUUCUCGUUCACAUCCACGCAUAUUGCAAUACAUACAGGUUUAGUAUACAUGUUUGUUGUUUUUGGUAUUUGUUAUUUUUUUUCUUCCAAUGGUUCUUCUUAGCACACGACUUAACCACAUUGCUGUUCAUCACCUUAAGCUUCUUUGAAACUUUUUAUUUAAAAAAAAAACUUUAUUUGUGCAUUUUGUGCUCUGAUUAGCAAUCAGUAAAGUGCAAUCUCAUUGGGUAAAUAUAGUUUCAAUAUCGAGACUUUUAUUGUUUCUUGUUCAUUAUAUCUUGCUGUGUAUGCCUGCUUUGAUCCAUUUCACAAAUAAAGAUCAAUCCACACCCCAAUGUACAAUGAACUUUAAAACAAAUCAAAUUAACAUAUCUGGUAUGUGAAAACGACUUUGAAGCACCUUACAGAUUCACACCUUAUAUGAUGAUUCCAUAAUGUUCAAGGAUUUUGUUUUGUAUCCCUGCUCUUUACAGUGAAAGGGAUUGGCAUUGUGAUAAUUUGUGUGUUAGUAGUCUAGAGCUAACACAUCUUGGGUUUAGUUAAUAAUAAUAUAAUAUAUGCCAUUUAGCAGACGCUUUUAUCCAAAGCAACUUACAGUCAUGAGUGCAUACAUUUAGAUCAGAGGGCUAACCCACUCGGUUACUUGAGUUCAAUAGAAGAGCAAUACAUUCAGAGGAGGGAAAUGUUCUUGUACCCUUGGUCUCGUUGCUGACGUCAUACACAAAUAAGUCCUCAAUCACAGACAGAUUUCUACCAGUGCCACUUCUUCGUUUCUACUCUAUACUACACAUUUCUAUAUUUCUACAGCACAAUGUUCUAGGCAAGCUCACUUAUUUUGGUUACCCCCUCCCUUUAAACUGUGUGGAAAAUGUCACAUUAAUGAUGGGUGGUUGAGGAGGAACAGGUUUUUCUAAAUGUAUCUAUGACAGACCUACACUCUUAGAAGAAAGUGUUAUCUAGAAUCUAAAAUGGUUCUUCGGCUGUCCCCAUAGGAGAACCCUUUGA